AAAUCAACAUGGCGGACCUGCAGCGAACACAAAUGAGUCAUCAUGAUGGGUCACUUGGGCAUGUUACGAAGACACUGGUCACAUUCAGUUUAAUGAUCAUCAUCUUGCCACUUUUCCUUUAUUUCUUCACAAAGUCAUUUGUAUUUGAGGCUGUUUUUCUGAUGAGCAGUCGACAGAGUUACUUCUAUGCAGCAAUAGUGGCUGUUGUCACAGUACAGGUCAUGUUGGGCAUCUUUAUUUACGUGGCAUACCAAGAGGGAACAGAAGUUUAUGACAAGAACUACAAAGAAGACUAGAACAUUUACAUCUGAACCUAAAGAACUCAAAGACCUAUCUGUCUAUUUCUCAUCUUCAAAUUAUUACCCAUCAAUCUGUUAAAACUGACUGGCCUUUGAACACCUGAAAAGAAAGACUUGUAUGUGAUCCGAACAUGACACAUCUGUGCAUUUGGUGAUAUUGGGUUUGGUAACUGUGACCCUGUAACCUGAACUCAUCAAGCGAAUUAUUGUCAGAUACAAGGAAAAAAAAUGUUGUAAUAGAUGUCGAGUGGGUGGAUAACAUCAAGAUGUUAACCUCUGAAACUGUGACUAUGUGUUCUGUUCACUGACAAUAUCAGGGAAUGACAAUUGACAUGUAACUGAAACCUGUUCUGGAUCAAGAUUUUAACUUCUAAAACUGUAAUCAAGUGUUUGUGCAAUGACAAUACUAAGGAAUGGCAAUUGACAUCUUUAACUGUAACCCAUUCUGGUUAAAGAUGAGAAUGUGAAUGCAUAUGUCCAUGUUGUACAUGUAGUUUGUAAUAUUGUUCUGUAGUGUAGUGUGUAAGUUAUAAUUUGGGGAAACUGGAAUGGAGGGUCUGGUGAGUUCCUAUAAAUAGCAAUGAACAUUAUUCAGCCAUAAGUUUGCAAGGCUGAAAGUUGAGUGAAAAUUUAUGGAUUCAUCAGGUUAAUAGGGUAUUGUCAUAAUGAUAUUUCACAGUUUUCUCAAUGGAAAAUAUUCUGCUCGUCCUACAAAAAGCUAUUAAACAAAUUUCAAUUGGUGUAAAUAUUUUGUGUAAAAAUCUUUUAUGAUACUUGUCAAAA